GGCAGCGUGAGAGGAGCGCAGAGAGGCUGGAGCUAGGAGCUCGCGGGAGCGCGUGGGCAAGAGGACUUUGCCCAGGGGAAAAAGCCGCCGCCGUCGCCUUUGAUCCCUCCAGCAUCACGCCGGCUUUUGAUUUUUUGCUGCUGGUUCUUAAUUUGAGCCCUUGCUUUUUUUCCUCCUCUCCUUUUUUAAAAAAACCCAUCCUGCCAAACAAAGGAAACAGAAGGAACAUACACACAAACGCGCGCACGCCUAUUUGCCGGAGGAAGAAGACAUGCGUUCGAUUAGGAAGCGGUGGACUAUCUGCACGAUAAGUAUCCUCCUGAUUUUUUACAAGACAAAAGAGAUUGCGAGAACGGAGGAGCACCAGAAGACACAAGCCAACGGAGACGGUGAGCUAAGUUUAAGUAGAUCAAUGGUCAAUAGCUCUGAUAAAAUAAACCAAAAGAGUGGCUCUUCAAUGUUCCAGCAUUCCGUAGAAAGAUGGAAAAUCAAUUCUUCCUUGGUACUGGAAAUAAGGAAGAACAUUCUUCGUUUCUUGGAUGCAGAAAGAGAUGUCUCAGUAGUCAAAAGCAGUUUCAAGCCAGGAGAUGUAAUCCAUUACGUGCUAGACAGACGCCGCACACUAAAUAUUUCUCAGGAUUUACACAGUCUUCUUCCUGAAGUUUCACCAAUGAAGAACCGCCGAUUUAAGGCAUGUGCUGUUGUAGGAAAUUCCGGUAUUCUCCUUGAUAGUGGCUGUGGAAAAGAGAUUGACAACCAUGAGUUUGUUAUAAGGUGCAAUCUAGCUCCCGUGGUGGAGUAUGCUGCCGAUGUGGGGACUAAAUCAGAUUUUAUUACCAUGAACCCAUCAGUUGUACAAAGAGCAUUUGGAGGCUUUCGGAAUGAGAGUGACAGAGAGAAAUUUGUGCAUAGGCUAUCCAUGCUGAAUGACAGUGUCCUUUGGAUCCCUGCUUUCAUGGUCAAAGGCGGAGAGAAGCAUGUGGAGUGGGUUAAUGCAUUAAUCCUUAAGAAUAAAUUGAAAGUGCGAACUGCCUAUCCAUCACUGAGACUUAUUCAUGCUGUCAGAGGUUACUGGCUGACCAACAAGGUUUUCAUCAAGCGACCUAGCACAGGACUCCUAAUGUACACACUUGCUACGAGGUUCUGCGAUGAAAUUCAUCUCUAUGGAUUCUGGCCCUUCCCGAAGGAUAUAAAUGGAAAGCCAGUCAAAUAUCAUUAUUAUGAUGACUUAAAGUAUCGAUUUUUUUCUAAUGCCAGCCCACAUAGGAUGCCAUUAGAGUUUAAAACUUUAAGUAUGUUACAUAACAGAGGAGCACUUAAAUUGACGACGGGGCGGUGUGCGCAGCAAUAAAGCACAAGUCGAGGACUAGGAGAAGUGCCAGAUAUGGGCUUCGCCACACAGAUUUUAUGGACGAGCAGUGGGAUCAAAACAGUGGAUUUAUCCCUGUGCACUGUACCAAGCCAUUGGAGAACAAGGAAGUGCACCGGAACUCCCGUACCAGCGAACAUUUUUACCUGUUGAAGUGCUAAAUCUCGAGUGCAAUGGUUCGAGUAAGUGCCACUUUCUCUAAGAUCAAAGCUUGAAUGUAUAAAAUCAGUAGUGUUUACAAGAUCCAACGAUGCAUUCAUCACCUGUUAAAGAAGCAAAUAGUCCAUUUACUGCUCAUUUGCCAACACAAAGCCUGGCAGCGUGUAACAAAAUACCCAAGAGGUGGGAUCUGCCCUUGAGGAAAUACUUUGCAUUCGGCAGCAACAAUCAAGGCGGAAUUGGCAGAGCAGUGGAUAACAUCACAAACAUCAAGCAAAAUACCUUCAGCUGGGGGCAUCCCCGGCUUUGUAUUAUAACCUUUCUCUUUUUCCUCCCUGUUUUUAAAAAUUGUCAUUCAUUUUCUAUGGUGUUUGGGUAUUGGAGCCCCUUAAGGGAUUUUGACAAGAUAAUACUAUGAACAUUUUAAGUAAUCGUCAAGAAGUGGUCUUAGAAGAUCUUAUUUUUUAAACAAAAUCUUCAUUGCAUCUUAUUGCUCAGCUUAUACAUUGCAGCUGAAGUUACCUCCACGUGACAACUUGCUGCUGCUGUAUCACAUAGAGCCAGCCAUCAGGUUUUGCCCCCGCAGCCCUAUAUCUCAGCACCAGCCACUGCUGGGAACAUGUUCUGCUGGAGAAGGUGAUGUUGGGACGUGUAUGGAAAAUGGGAGCGGGGAGGGUCAUCUCACUAGCUUGUUCUGGAUGGUAUAACUCGUUGAAAAAAAGCUUAGGGUCUCCCAACUGCUUUUAGGUGCUUCUUUUAGGGUGAACUGCAUGUUACAAUAAACACACAACAAAAGUGUGCUCAAACUUCUGAACAAAAAGCAGCUGUGAAGUCACAAUCCGGACUGGUGAAACAUUCCUCAUCAGGGCUCCAAACUAAUUUUUCUGCUAACCUCUUCUGUCCAACUGCUGAGGGCUCCCGAGUGUAUUUAGGAAAACUCCAUACGAAAUACACGGUGUGUACAAACUUGUAUGGAGUGUACAUUUUUAUCUUUGGGAGACAGAUCGUAGCAAGGGCAAGGAAUUUUCCACAGGAUACUGUCCUGAUCUGGGUGUGUGUUCCAGAUCCCAAAGUUGCUUCUUCUUCAAAACAGAAGUAGUUACCGGUAGUUUAAACAUACUUUUUUCCCCUGAAAGUGUGUUUAUUGUAACAUUUAGUCUGGUCUAAAGUACAAACUUAGCAGAAGCUAAAUUGCAAGCUAGCACUUUUAAACAAUCUGAUGUUUCGAGCUGUCUUUAAGGCAAGAUUUUUGUUAUGAAGAUGAUAUUGUUAACAAGCAGGUGCCCUUACAUUUGGUGCCAAAGAUUAUGCUGAUUUUGUAAUCGAUGUAGAUUUGUUUUCCUUCAAAUGAUGAAAACGUGUAAAAUUUAGUACUUGUUGCUGUGCUGCUUUAGAAACUGUUUUCAGUCUCCUUUUUUGCUGUUUAUUUGUUUACUGCUAACUUGGUGUCUAGAUUUUGUUUGAAGGACAAAUUCCUUAACUUGACUUUGCUUUUUAUAUAGGCUUUGAAAAUCUGAAACAGAUGCUUUCCCUUUUUUAAAAAAAAAUCAGACUAUGACCAUAAUAUUCUUGAAUCAAGAUAUUUAAUCACAAUUAAUGUAAGUUAUAAAUAACAUUGAAAUGUCAAAGUCUGUAUAGUUUAGUUGGCAUAGUGGAUUUUGUUUUUCGUUUACAAAACCACUUUUAAAAUGCAGAUUCUUCAUAGUGCUGGACAAUAUGUGCAUUAGUCCUGUUCUAUAGCAUUCUGAUGAGCAAUAUGUGAAAAUACCACUGACGAGUUCCCUUGCCUUUUCGCUUCUUUGAAGCUCCACUUUCUAUAUGGGGCUGUAUUUUUUGUUCUGAAACAGCAGACAAUGAGAAUUAUUAAUGGUUUUGUAUGAACAAAAAGGGUUGUAAACAGAAUGGCUGUAAAUCUAGAGUAUCAAAGCACAAUUGAUGGAGUGGCUUCAGAAAUGCAUGUUGGGGGAACAAUCAGCGGUUCUCUCAUGUGGUUUCACCUGCAGAUUUAUGCCAUAUAGAAGCAGAAGAAUAAAAAACUAGAAGAAAAACAAAUGCAGAAUAACUCUUCAUUUUAGUCCUUUUCAGAUAUUUAGGGCCCUUUUCACACAGUCAUAUGACCUUCACAUAUUUAGUGUGUUUAGCUGAACAGACAGGACCCAUGCAGGUUUUAGUGCUCAAUGCGUAAUAGUCUGAGAGGGACCUCAAGAGAAAAAUAGUCCAAAAUAAAAAUUCCUCAGGCUGCUUAAUGACCAUAAUACAGUGGUACCUCGGGUUACAAACACUUCAGGUUACAAACGCUUCAUCUCACAAACUCUGCUAACCUAGAAAUAGUUCCUCGGGUUAAGAACUUUGCUUCAGGAUGAGAACAGAAAUCAUGUUCCGGCGGCAUGGCAGCAGUGGGAAGCCCCAUUAGCUAAAGUGGUGUCUCAGGUUAAGAACAAUUUCAGGUUAAGAACGGACCUCCGGAACGAAUUAAGUUCUUAACCAGAGGUGCCACUGUAGUAAUGUUGGCAUGUUUCCUUUUGAAAUAUAGUAAUGUUAGAGCAAUCUAGCUAGACUGAUUUUCCAUAAAAGGUGUUAGAUUUCACACAAUCACCUUAAAGAAGUUGAGACUAGUGCCUUUUUCAUCCUCAUGCAUAACUUCAAUCCUAUUACUUAAUUCUUUUGUGUCAUGUUUUCCUCCCCUUAUCUAGACUAUUUCCACGUGUCUGUAAAGGGCUAAUAAACUGGUUAACAAAACCACUUUUAUGUUUUGCAUCUCAGGGAAAUAUCAGUUUUCCAAUAUAAGCAUAACAGGAAAAGAUAGAAUUGAAAGUGGAUGAAAGCCUAUCAUAUUACAUAAAAAAGAAGAGGCAAGGUUUUCAUGUAAUGGAAUGAGGCUGCAGUCCUAUGCACCUUAGAAGAAUUCAAGGGAACAUGAAUAGGAUAAUAAUAAUAAUAAUAAUAAUAAUAAUAAUAAUAAUAAUAAUUUCUUAUUUGUAUCCUGCCCAUCCGGCUGGGUUUCCCCAGCCACUCUGGGUGGCUUCCAACAAAGAUUAAAAUACAUUAAAAUGUCACACGUUAAAAACUUCCCUAAACAGGGCUGCCUUCAGAUGUUUUCUAAAUGUCAGGUAGUUGUUUAUCUCUUUGACAUCUGAUGGGAGGGCAUUCCACAGGGCGGAUGCCACUACCGAGAAGGCCCUCUGCCUGGUUCCCUGUAACUUGGCUUCUCGCAGUGAACCGCCAGAAGGCCCUCGGCACUGGACCUCGGUGUCUGGGCAGAACGAUAGGGGUGGAGAUGCUCCUUCAGGUAUACUGCAAUCCAUCAGGCUGCAAUACUAUGCAAGUUUGGUUGAGAGUAAACACCGCUGAGCACAGUGGACUUACUUCUCAGUAGCAGUGCAUAGACUUGGGAGUGUGAAAACAAAGCCACUUAGAUGAAGAAUAAGGAUGAUUUAAAAGAUGCUAGGAAAGAUUUAAAUGACCGAAUGGUCUGCUUAAAAUACAAUGUUGCAGUGUUUGGCUCAGCAUUUCAUUUAGGCCUUGUUUCAUUGAAAAUCUAAAAUGACAGUAAUUUUAAACACGGAUGUCACAACUGUCACUUUUUUAUGCGCGUUGCCAUUUUGGGUCCUCCAGCCCCUUCAUUGUUUGCAUGUUAUGCAGAGACCAUGAGCUUCUUUCUCUUUGUCACAACUCUGUUCUUAGUUACAUGAGCACAGAUUCUGGAAUUUUCCAUGAAUGACAGCAGCCCUGCAUUUAACCAAUGGGAUGUUGAUGAAAACUUCUCAUAUCCUGCCCUGUGUCUUUGCCUUGAGCUUUUACUACAUAUCCCCUCUCUUGAGUAGUAAAAACGAUUACCAUUUAAUGUAACAUCUACAUUCCCUGUUGGGAUCAAUCCCUAGAGUAGCCAUCCACAACCCAACACCCUCCCAAUGUUUUGGACGACAACCCCCACCAGCCACAGCCAGGAUAAUCUUAUUGCCUGGGUCUGAUGGGAAUUGUAGUCCAAAAAUUUGGAGAGUACCAGGAUGGAAAAGGCUGUCUUAGAACUUCAAGAGUCGAAAAGGUAGCCUACAGAAACUAUGGCAAGGUUACAGUUAGUGGGGUUUACAUUUGCUCAUCACAUUGCAAAAA